UGUCCCUCGGCGGACACCGUUGGCAGUCAAGCUAUGUCUGCGCGCUCGCUGACUUGGUAGCGUGCGGAAUUUCAUCUUCUUUUUCCGCAAUUGCCAUGGCGAGCCGAGGGGCUCGGCAGCGACUGAAGGGCGGCGGCAGUAGCGGCGGGGACACGGCCCCGGCCGCGGACAAGCUGCGGGAGCAGCUGGGCAGCCGAGAGGCCGGAGGCGCGGAGCACCGGCCCGAAUUAUCUGGAAACAAAGCAGGACAAGUCUGGGCACCAGAAGGAUCUACUGCUUUCAAGUGUCUGCUCUCAGCAAGGUUAUGCGCUGCUCUUCUGAGCAACAUCUCCGACUGUGAUGAAACUUUCAACUACUGGGAACCAACACACUACCUCAUCUAUGGAAAAGGUUUUCAGACUUGGGAAUAUUCCCCAGUAUAUGCUAUUCGCUCCUAUGCAUACCUGUUGCUUCAUGCCUGGCCGGCUGCAUUUCAUGCAAGAAUUCUACAAACCAAUAAGAUUCUUGUCUUUUACUUUUUGCGAUGUCUUCUGGCUUUUGUGAGCUGUAUUUGUGAACUUUACUUUUACAAGGCUGUGUGUAAGAAGUUCGGGCUGCACGUGAGUCGGAUGAUGCUAGCCUUCUUGGUGCUCAGCACGGGCAUGUUUUGUUCAUCGUCUGCCUUCCUUCCUAGUAGCUUCUGUAUGUACACUACGCUGAUAGCCAUGACCGGCUGGUAUAUGGACAAGAUUCCCGUUGCUGUGCUGGGCGUGGCAGCAGGGGCUAUCGUUGGCUGGCCGUUCAGUGCAGCUCUUGGCAUACCCAUUGCCUUUGAUUUGCUGGUCAUGAGGCACAGGUGGAGGAGUUUCUUUCACUGGUCCCUGGUGUCCCUCAUUCUCUUUCUGGUGCCUGUAGUGGUCAUUGACAGCUACUAUUAUGGGAAGUUGGUAAUUGCACCACUCAACAUUCUUUUGUAUAAUGUCUUCACUUCUCAUGGACCUGAUCUUUAUGGUACAGAGCCCUGGUAUUUCUAUUUAAUUAAUGGAUUUCUGAAUUUCAAUGUGGCCUUUGCUUUGGCUCUUCUGGUCUUGCCACUGACUUCUCUCAUGGAACACCUGCUGCAGAGAUUUCAUGUUCAGAAUUUAGGCCACCCAUAUUGGCUUACCUUGGCUCCAAUGUAUGUUUGGUUUAUAAUUUUCUUCAUCCAGCCUCACAAAGAAGAGAGAUUUCUUUUCCCUGUAUAUCCACUGAUAUGUCUCUGUGGCGCUGUGGCUCUUUCUGCACUUCAGAAAUGCUACCAUUUUGUGUUUCAACGAUACCGCCUGGAGCACUACACUGUGACAUCGAAUUGGCUGGCACUAGGAACGGUCUUCCUGUUUGGGCUCUUAUCAUUCUCUCGCUCUGUGGCACUGUUCAGAGGAUAUCACGGACCCCUUGACUUGUAUCCAGAAUUUCACCGAAUUGCUACAGACCCUGCUAUCCACACUGUCCCAGAAGGCCGACCUGUGAAUGUCUGUGUGGGAAAAGAGUGGUAUCGAUUCCCCAGCAGCUUCCUUCUGCCUGAUAAUUGGCAGCUUCAGUUCAUUCCGUCAGAGUUCAGAGGUCAGCUACCAAAACCUUUUGCAGAGGGACCACUGGCUACCAGGAUCGUUCCUACUGACAUGAAUGACCAGAACCUAGAAGAGCCGUCCAGAUAUAUAGACAUCAGUAAAUGUCACUAUUUAGUAGAUUUGGACAUCAUGAGAGAAACACCUCGGGAACCGAAAUACUCAUCCAAUCGAGAAGAAUGGAUCGGUUUGGUCCACAGACCAUUCCUUGAUGCCUCUAGGUCGCCAAGGCUCCUUCGGGCAUUUUAUGUCCCCUUCCUAUCAGAUCAAUAUACAGUGUAUGCAAACUACACCAUCUUCAAAUCCCGGAAAGCAAAGCAAGUCAAGAAGAAAAGUGGAGACCGAAGAAGAGCAGAACCAACUUACAGGAAGAUUUGAAAAUUCCUGGACUGGACGGCUGAGUUAAACUCCUGUUCACACUGUGGCUUGGCAUUUGAGAACUAGCAAGCCUCUCAUAGGCCAGGUGGGCUUCUCCAUCUAAGCUGUUUCACAGCUCCAGCUAUCUUAGUGUUCAAAUCCUAGUGCUGAAAAUGAGCCCAGCUUUGUUGCUAACAACAUGUCCUUUUUCACCUCCAGCAAGACUAAACUUCUGUAAAGCUCUUCACAGGACCAGGAACCUGUUCUGGAGCAUCUCAGGAAAAAGGCAACCAUUUGAGGAACUGUCACAUAAUUUUAUUAUAUGUGAUGCCUUUAAUUUCAAUUUUUUUUCUUUACCACCAACUUCAACUAUAUGGCUAUUUUAUGUUUUUCUUUUAAGUUUUAGCAUAUAGUAUCUUGAGUUCCUGACUGCUCUGUAUAAAGUAUCACCAGACUAACAUAUAGUAAGACAUUCUUAGAGAAAUUAAUUCUACCAAUUGGUAGAUUUGGAUGACAUCACAUUUUUAAAUAAUGUAUUUUGAGACCAUUUCUGAGGAAAUUGGGAACGCUCCUAAUGAGGAAGACCAGUGUUUAUUUAUAGCCUGUUUGUCGGUUCUGCACAUUCUGCAGGGAGUCCUCCUCAAAUAGACGACGAGGAGGACUCAUUACAGUGUGUAAGUGUAUAGUCCUACUUUACUUUUAUCUACAGUAUUUCACAGUUUACGAGGCACUUUCCCGGUAUCUCAUUUGAACGUCACAAUCAGAACCAGAAGUAGAUAACCGGUGAUUUUAUCACCGUUUUACAGAUGAGAAAACAGCCUACAGACAGGUGGGAAAGUGAGUGGCCCAAGGACACACAGCCAAUAAACAGAGCAGCUGGGACCUGCACCUGAGCUGCUUACCCUCUCGUCUCACUUGAAAGAAUGAUGAAGCUGACGAGGGAGCUGACUGGUACUGUACCGUUCUGUUUCAGAGAACUGUAUCUACAUUUCUUGGGUUCUUUGGAGCCUCAGGUUGUCCUGUUAGGCCGCCACAGCAGUGCUGCAUAUACAAUCAGUGCCGUGGCGGGGAAGUGGCCUCCCUUUGCAGGUCUGCUCCUUUCACCCACAGAGCACCCAGCUCUAUCUGUACUAUCCCUUUCACUCCUCUAGGGUUACUGUUUAGGUGCCUUAUUUCUGUAAGAGUAAUGUCUGAAAAUCGAAUGGAUCUAUUUUUUAGAAUUUUCCAUCUUUCAUCUUUCAAAGAGAAGGACUUUUUCAUAGGAACUGAUCUCGAGAGAGGGAGAGAAAUGAUAAUGGGACAAAUGGGUGAUUAAUUACGAAAACUCUUCUUGGGAUCAUCUCUGAGGAUUAUCAUUUUUUGUUGUUGUUGUUAAUUUUUUUUUUUUAAUUUUUUUUGGUCUUUUUUCUUUUUAUCGGUACCAGGGAUCGAACUCACGACUGCCUGCUUGCAAGGCAGGCGCUUAUGCCACCAAGCUAAAUCCCCAGCCCCUGUUGUUGUUAAUUUAAGGAAUAUUCUGAGCUGGAGUUAAAGCAUCGGAAAGGUGAUAGGUCCAAUAACUGGGAAGUAAACUGGAGCUCCACUUGUUUGAAAAAUCUCUAGCUUUUAAUUUUCGAUACUACUUGGUUGCUGUUUUCCAAAGCAAAUAGUAGGUAUGUGAUCUGAUUCCAGGGCAGAGGACUGUAAGCGAACUGUCUUGCCUUUUUUACAGUAAUAUCAUACUGUCCUUCACCGCAGCUACAACUACUUUUUGCAGGGAUAAAUAAAGACUCCAGUAACGGAGGUCAGGGAAAGGUUGUGUUUGUCUAAUCAGACUGCUACAGGACUGGAAGUAUAGCUCCCUGGUAGAUCAUGUGCUAAGUAUUCAUGGAGCCCGGGGUUUGAUACCUAGCAAACACACGUGCACACACGUGCAUGCACACAAAAUAAUACUGUGCUAAUCUAUGUUAUCAUCUUGCUUGUUUAAAAAAAUGAGUUUCAAAACACCUGGUCAGAGUAGCAUUUUUUCCUCCAAAGAAUCUUCAGCAUGAGCUACUUUGUGCACCAUAAGUACAUCAGUACUGAUUACUCCUUAGUCUGCAGGGUAUUGAAUUAGGAAUUAGAGAUGACUGGGACACCCUUUGAUUAUGGCUCAGUGAGGGAGUGGGUACACUUGCCAAAUCCAAGAUUCUCCGAUCUCCAACUCUAUAGUAGCCUUAUCUGAACCCAGAUCUUGUGACACUGAGUACCAUUAUGAACCUGUCUGUGUGGCAGGCAUCUGUUGUCAAAAUUUACUUCUCACCUGGUAGGUGUCAUCUGAUAAAAAAGAAGACAGGUCAUUUUAAUCUUGGGAUAACCAUGAAAAGCUGCAGCCUAUACUCCUUAUUACUGAAUUAAGGUUUAGAAGCAGACUGAUUGUUUUAAAAUUAAGGUGGUUCUUGAUCCCAAUCACUCAUUUAGGUCAUUUCUCUCUGAUGUUCUGGGAAAGAAGUUUGAAAACCCUGUGUAAUUCUGCAGCAUGAGAUACAGGGUGGCUGUUCGCUAAUGCAAGUCCUUUAUUGUGUUUUACAUUUCCUGGAAUUUAUUGAAAUAAGAAUUCACAGUGAUUGUACACUCUUCUGGCCAGGCCCAGGCAACUUGCUUUUAAUUUGGUUAAUUUUAUUUUCUCUAGAGAGAAAAGAGGCAAAUUAAGUCUUUGCCUCCAGAGACCAUAGUAAAGCCCCUGUGGUAUAAGCCAUUCCUCGUCCUACACUAAAUGCCCUGAGUCAAUGGAUAAUGGACAUGUGCUCAGCUUUAACUUUUAAUUUUUUUUUUCAUCAGAAAUAUCAAACUUCUGUAGGGCAUUGUUGGGAGUUCCGAGGCGCUCUGGUAUAUCUGUAAAUCUGAAUGUUGCCUUCAACUUUUCUAAUCUUUGUAACCUUGUGAUUUAUGCUGUGAAUGAAAUCAGAAAGCAGUACACUGUUGAAGCAAGUGUAUUACGCAGUUCAUUUGUCUUUCUGAUCCUUGUACAUUACUUUAUGUAUCAGUGUUUACAUUGCGUACAUGCUAUAUUUUCUGUGAAAGAGAAAGUCAAUAAAUCUUGGCAGUUUGAUUUUCCUUUUAAAUCUUUGUUGGAAAUCGGAGAAUGACAAGAGCUCAACUCCUGUUCCCCCAUCCUCAGCCCCUGGUGCCUUGCUUUCCAGAGGCCAAAUAGCCGAGCACCUUUAUUCUGAAAUUUUUGGGAAGAAGCCUUUGAAAACCUAGUGAGGAUUAGUCUUAAAAAUUUUAUCUUUGGAAAAACCAAGCACAGGUAGGAAUUAUUUAAUAGUUGACUAUAAUGCUGAGAAGAGAUGAGGUUCAUAGGUAUAUCUUAGGUGGAUUGAGAAUCUCUGGACCAUGAAAAUACAAUUUCAUAUGUUCAUAUAACUGGAAAUCCUGAUCCAGUUCUAUCUGACAUUUGAGUAAUUUCUCUCCUUUGUCAGGAGGAAUACAUUUUUUUUUAUCAAUGAGUUUCUAGCAUCAUUCCUGUACUUUCUGCCGUAUACCCAGUAACCUCUAGGUGCCAUCUGGUUUCACACUGUUAGUUAUUCUCUUUACUCUAGGACCCAAGAAGCCCUUGAUUCUUAUUUGGACUUCUCCCAUGUUACUUUAGAGGGAUGCUUUUAGUUCCAGGAGGGAAAAACUCAAAACCUUAAUUUAUUUACCCUUUCUAGGAUGCCAUCUUUGUCUCUGUUUUUCUGUUACUCUGCUGUCUGAGCUGAGUCUCUUUUAAGAAGCCUUUGUAGAUGCAGACCCAUAUUAUCACUUCUUUUUCUAAAUUCUUUUUGAAUGUAAAGUGUCUUUACAAAAAGUAUAGAACCUUAGUGCUUAACUUUUUAAACCUGUCUCCCCAAAACAUUUUUAACACAUCUGGGACAAACACCGUGUCACACUUCUGUGUGUUUCCAGGGCUCCAUUCAGGUUCCCGAGCAUUUUGGUAAUGUAUGUGUUCAUUGAUAUGAAGUAAAAAUUAAGGUGCCUCAAACUAAAAUACAGCUUGUUGGCGUGGAUUUUUAGACCACAACAAAUACAGCAAGUUGUAAAUCCUAUAAUAUCCCAAGGUCAAUUUGUGAAUGAUGCUUAAUAUGUGCAGAGUUUAGCAUUCUAAGCAUACAAGCUUUCUCACUAAAGUAGAUUCUUCAGAGUAGCUUCGGAAAAGAGAAAGAGACUUCUGUUACUUGAUGUUGGAAGAUCAGACCUAGCACAAGGGACCUUUUACAUAAGCCUGGGCCAGACAGCCUUUCCUGCAGUUGUAAAGAGUACUUACCCAUCCCGUGUGCUGCUAGAGAAAGAAAAAUCCAACUGCAAGAUGACUUUGUAGUCAUAUAUUUGGAUUGAACCGUAAGUAGUGGACAGUGAAUUUUAAAAUGGAAAGUUGGGCCAGUCGUGGGGCAUCCUGUAAUCCUGGCACUUGGGAGAAGCAGGAGGAUCGCUGUGAGUUCCAGGCUAUCCUGGCUACACCGUGAGGCCACGGUUAGCCUGAAUCGUGUAUGAGAGCCUGUCUCUGAGUGAAUGAAUAAAUAAGUGAACAAACAAACAAA